AUGUUCCGUUUAAUCGCACUGUCUCUUUGCAUUUUGACUGCGCACGCGCGUCAGUCACCAAAUGCUGAUCUGCUAGAGAAUUUGCUGAAAACCAGCGAUCUAGCUGAGAGAUAUUCUAAUAAUAUUAUAGAAGAUGCGUUUCUUGAUGCGGCUGGUCUAGCAAACAAGUAUGGGUAUCCGUUCGAAGAGCACCCUGUGGUUACAGAAGAUGGGUAUAUAUUGGGCUUACACCGAAUCCCACAUGGACGAGACGAACACAACGUCCCCGGACGCCGCCCUGCUGUGCUGGUCAUGCAUGGACUGUUUUCCUCAUCAGCAGACUUUAUUAUAAUGGGACCUGGUAGUGCUUUGGCAUACAUUCUGGCUGAAGCUGGUUACGAUGUAUGGCUAGGUAAUGCUCGUGGGACAUAUUAUUCUCGCAAACAUGCCUUCCUCGACCCCAAUGAUAAACGAGGCGUCUACUGGGACUUCUCCUGGGAUGAAAUAGGAAACAAAGAUAUACCAGCUAUGAUCGAUUACAUUCUGUCUGAGACGGGAAAUCCUGGUCUUCAUUACAUUGGUCUGUCACAGGGUACUACGUCGUUCUUUGUCAUGGGUUCCCUUCGACCUGAAUAUAAUUCGAAAAUUAUAACGAUGCAAGCGUUAGCACCAGUUGCGUAUCUAGCUCAUAAUCAGCAAAAAAUAUUUGGUUUUUUGGCAGAGCGAGGAAGUAUUUUUGAGACUCUUCUCGGCAUGCUUGGUUUAAAGGAAUUAUUGCCGAAUAAUUUAUUUAUGACCAUGUUGGGAAUUGUAUUUUGUAACGAUAAAUCUCCCUUCCAACCGCUUUGUAGCGGUAUGAUGUUCGCUAUUGCUGGAUAUAACCCGGAUCAGCAUAAUACUACCAUGCUGCCCGCCAAGAUCGGCCAUGUUCCAGCUGGAGCGUCUAUACGACAGUUAGUCCACUAUGGCCAGAGCAUUACAGAUAAAGACUUUAGAAGAUACGACCAUGGUGCUUUGAGAAAUCUUGUAGCAUACGGCACCUUAGUUCCGCCCAAAUACCGUCUCUCGCAAAUCACCGCUCCCGUAUAUUUGCAUUACUCGAUUAAUGAUCCGCUAGCUGAAGUGGAAGAUGUGCAAAGGUUGCAUAGAGAAUUAGGAGGUCCAGCGAAAAUGUUACAAGUCCCAGAUCCGACAUUUAGUCACGUAGACUUUAUGUGGGGCAUUGAUGCAAAAACAUUGGUGUUUGACAGACUUAUUGAUAUAAUGAGACUAUAUGACAAUGAUUUGUGGAAAUGA